GCUUGGCAAGGCGCCAGCUCAUGUCGCUCGUAUUGAAACACUACGCAAAAGAGUCCGAUUCAAAGAAACAGUUAUUUUUGACCCUCGCAAGAUCAGUCAGUGGGCACGCCGAGUUACUUCGUGCCUCGUACAUCGCCCGACUGCUCGACACCUGCACAACUCAAAACAAUCCCAGGAGCAGCGACCGAGCACAACAAGCCCGAGCGAUCUGAGCCCCCUCCAGCGACAUUGCCCACCCGCCUUCGCACGCCGACCUUCCAUCCCCAAUCGCAAUGGCCGCCCCAGGUCUCUUCUCGGACAAAUACCUGUCUCCCGAGGUGCAAGCUGCUCUGCCGGAGGGUUACAAGCUGCGCGCUCUUCGCCGGGACGACUUCGACGCUGGCUUCCUGGACUGCCUGCGGGUGCUGACGACGGUGGGUGACAUCUCGAGGGAGGCCUGGGAGGAGCGGUACGACUGGAUUGCGAGGCAAGAUGGCAGCUACUUCAUUCUCGUCAUUGAGGACACCACCUCCAAUCCGCCGAGGAUCGUCGGUACCGGUGCGCUCCUGGCGGAGCGCAAGUUCAUUCACAAUCUCGGAUCCGUUGGCCACAUCGAGGAUAUCGCCGUCGCCAAGGACCAGCAAGGCAAGAAGCUGGGGCUGCGACUCAUCCAGGCGCUAGACUACAUCGCCAAACAGACAGGGUGCUAUAAGACGAUAUUGGACUGCAGCGAGGCCAACGAAGGCUUCUACGUAAAGUGUGGCUUCAGGAGAGCCGGUCUGGAGAUGGCGCACUACCACGAGGGUCCCAAGAGCAGCAAUGCCUAAUAGCUGGAACGGUGGACGCAGGCGUGCAGUGCAGCGUUGAGUGACCAGUUCCGUCGCUUGGCUGCGGCAGCAUCCAACAAGACAGCAACCUUUGAUAGCAAACACAUUAGCUACGGUCAGCAAGGAGCAGUAUACACACCUGCAGCUCUCUGGGUUGAACUCCAGCAUUACGCCAUCCCUGUGGGAGAGGCUGAGAUCUUCAAGGCUGCGGCGUCGGGACUCCUCCAGAUCCAGAAGCGUGAGGGAAGAGGCUUAUUUCCACUUAUAGAUGGGAAGGUGUGAGUGAUUAGGAUGGGACAGAGGUAGAUCUAGAGCAGCGUUGCUUUUUUUUCCCAUUGGUUCCUUGAUAUGCACGCAUUUCCGCCCUGAUCAUCCGGCGUACCCGAGACUUCGGCGCGCUCGACCACAGUGAUUAACAAGAAGAUAAAAAGUAAUUAAGAUAAAC